CGAAUAUGGCGACGUCCAUAGUAAUGCAUCAUUUAACAACACUGUAUCUGCGAAAUCACUUUCCAGUUAACUUUGCAAGACAAUCUUAAAUAAAUAUCGAAUAAUAUUGUUUUUUUCAAUUUUUCAUAAUUAUAGUCAGCAAAUCUGGAUGAAACUAGGGAGAAGAUGAUUGCCGCCUCAGAACCGGUGGAGUAUACUCCUGGUGGAAGACAGAUAAUUCUAAGGCAUCCUGAACCAGUAGUUAGUCAACAAACAUUAAAUAACCAAACUACUGUUGGAGAGAAUAUUUUAUUACAAAAAUUUAGCCAAGUAAAUAUUUCGGAUAGAUCACCGAAAGACUUUUGGACUGUACGCGAGAAUGAUUUGUGUGGAGAAGAAGAAUUAUAUUGCUCAGGCAAGGUUGCAAUUCAUUCAAAGGGUAGUCAAAAUACCAGAGUGUUACAAACAACUUAUACAUGUGAAACGGACAUUAAACAUGCAUUAUGGUGUAAAUUUCAUACUAGUAUACCUAGUCAUGUGUUGAAGGGGAAAGAAUUAGAAGAUGAAGAAAGUAAUGACAAAGCAAUAGAAUGUAUAUGUUUGAUCGAUUCUUAUACUCUUAAGGUAUUCACAGAAACUGGUGAAAAUUAUGUAUCCAGCUUGCAAUUUCAGGUGUCUGCAGUCUGGCCUAUAAAGUAUGGAAUUUUGUUAGAAAAAUCACAAGUUCCUACAUCUGAAAUGAGGUAUACAUCAUUAGAUGGAAAUAGAUUACAAUUCCAUAAUGAUACAACUUUACCAGUGGCUUUUUCUCUGAUGCAUCCUUUAGAUGAAAUUUGCCCUGUACUUAUUAAACAUGGAAGCAUAUCGUAUAUGUAUGAUUCAAAUCAGAAAAUUGUAUUCACUAGUUCUGAACCAUCUUUGGCUGUGAUAUAUGACAAGAAGACUGGAUUGCAUUCUGUAUAUAAAAUACGUAAAGCGUCAAUGGAAGAAUGUCAGAUAGUUUGUGGUAGCAAUGACUCCACCACUAGUAUAUUUACUCAUUCUGCAAGUGCGUCGCCAUUAAAUUUCGGAAGUAAUCUUUCAUAUAACAAAAACUGUACAAAUAAAGGACAUUUAAGUAUAUUCGGAGUACCAAAUCCACAGUUAAGCACAAUUGGACUAGGAAUAACGAAUAGUCCGUUUGGUUCCCGAACAUCUUAUACCACGACUUGCUCAGGAGGACCAUCUCCUUCGCAACAACAACAGCAACACUCAAGAUCUCAGAGUCCAAUGGCAACUAUUUCACGCUGUCAAUCUCCCACUCAUUCUGCAUUUUCACCGUCACUUGGUGCACCACCUUCUUCGGUCAUUCACCACACUAGAUUACAUCAGAUAAUUAUGGCCUCUGCAUUGAAUCGUACACAAAAUAGUCCAGGUGGCAGUUGUAGUAAUAUACAGCAGCAAGAUGUUAUAGCAUCAAGUAAACCUCUGUAUCCUGAAAUUUGCUUUGAUCAUGUGUGGACUGAAAAUGUUGGGAUUCCCAAGGAAGUUACAUCUGGUCAGGCAUCUAAAGUAUUUUUAUCAUCGGAUCUUGUCGGGCAGAGUUACUUGUGUUAUUUGGUUCCACAACGAUCUCAACUGUUUUUAGUUAGGCUCGAGAAAACUAACAAGCAACAGCAAAUUAUUUUCGGCAUGGUAACAAGCAUCGUAGCAAAGGACGCCGUCAACAUACCAAAUUUGCAUAUGAUAGCUACCAUGGAUUUAUCGAAUGGAGUAGUAUUAUACUCCGGUGUGAUUUGCGUGGGCAAACUGCAUGUCACAGGAAUUCUCCCGAAUUUGGCUGGGUGCAAUUAUUUUUUAUCCAGUAUUAAUUCUAAACUAGGCUCUCCGUUUCCACGACGAAGUUCAUUGAUCUCUCAGAAUUGUGCUGCUGCACACGAUCUUAAAUUCGAGGAAGGACUGCACUUGUUGAGUCCAGUUGGAGGGAACUGUGCAAGGCCUCCCAUUUUAUUAGAAAACUCUAUAGUAGAUUCUAAUAUUCUUAUUUUAAAAGAAGCAGUAGGAAAUAAGGUUACUCUGGAAUAUGGCAAUAAGAAUUACUUUCGAAUAACUUUGCCAACAUCCAGCACCUCUCCUUUAGUUACUAAAUGUUUACAAACUCUAAGAAGUGUACUGCAGAAAGAUUUAGCAAUGCAGCUACUGGUAAAAUGGUACGGAGCUCGAAAUGCCCCUGGACCCCAAGAUUUCUCGCCACAACAAGAAUGGUAUCUUUUCCUUGUGGUCUUAUUCACGUUAUUGGGUUACGACGUUGAAAAGUUACAAUUAAUCCAAAGAAAUGAAAACAACCAGCUUGCCGAGCGCAACAGCCCAAUGGUGGUGCCGAAGAAACAGAAAACGAACAAUUCAGGAACCACCGACGAUUGGAUGUACAUGAUACAUUCCCUAAAAAAUGGAAAUCCUCAAGUUUUUACUUCGAAUAUACUUGGUCUGCAGAAAACGGCCAGCGCUCUUCAGGCAUCAGUGCCAAAUAUUACAGAAUCGAGUAGCACAGGAAGAAUCAACGUGCAAUCUAUUCUGUUCCCAUAUUUUCCGCUAGUUCUGUUCUCGUUGCAUCUGUUGUACGAAGAAUUGAAAUUGAAUUGCGUGAUGUCAGAGAGCUUACCUUUGCUCGGUCAGUUGUUGUACCAGUUGAGCGUAGAUUUGAAAUUCGAGAUGUACUCCCAUCAUUAUUUUCUCGAUUUUCCUUCGCUUUGUCACUUACGAGACGUCUCGUCCCAGAUCAGUGAGACGGACUUGCAGAAGAUCACAGUACCAAGUUACAUUCAGUCGAAACCGUCAAAUAUAUUCGAAACGUUAGACAAUUUAUUAAACAAGAGGGAAACGACGCCGUUCCCUUACUUAAGCCAAGUAAAUCCAAAAACGAAAAACAUAGUUUACUUAACUGCACUCAUAGCGCAUGAGAAUGAGCCAAAUGUACCAGACACCGAUAAAAUUAUAAAGCACGUGAUUCCGAUCGGUAGUCGAAUAGAUUUCCAAGAGAAUGGAACUAAGUGCGAGAAGGAAAUAUUUAAGAAAAUUGAAUAUUCCACGAUAGAUAGGAUAGUGUUAAUAUAUCAUGAAAUGGGCAUGACCAAGAAAGACCUUGAGAUUUUGCCACCCGGUGUAUCACUGUUACUAAAAGAUGUGAUGUACAGAUGCAGAGAACGACCACCAUCAAACUGGCCGAUGCAAGCGUACGAAUUGAUAGAUCGUCAAGAUUUAGCUGCACUGGACAGACAUUUGAAAUCAGGCCCAUCGAAUCAGCAUCCAGAGAACGAAGGGAAAAAUUAUUCGAUCAAAGAUCCUGAGCAAGAUGAUGGCAUGGAAUUCGAUGAUGUUGUAUUGAAACUGAGAUUUAACAAGGACCACAGGGUAACGGAAGUACGAAAACUCCUUAACUCUUCGAAGCCGGUGAAAAUAGCAAUAGUACAGAGACCAGACGUGAGCGAUCAUGAGUUUAUAGAGGAGCAAGAGAAGCAUUUGCAUGCGUUGUGUACCAGAACGAUGGCACUUCCGGUGGCUAGAGGCAUGUUCACUCUGAGGACAUCGACGCCUAUCAUUACAGAGCAGUUACCAAUUCCACGGUUGUGUUUGACUGGAAAAGCACCUCCUCGCGGGACUACUGUGGAAUUGGCUCACAUCGACGUUCCCCCAAACAUGAAUUUAUGGCCAUUAUUUCAUAACGGUGUAGCCGCAGGACUUCGCAUUCAUCCAAACGCGUCGAACAUUGACUCGACGUGGAUAGUGUAUAAUAAGCAGCAACAAGGAGAGUUUGGAAUCGAACAUUCCGGUUUCCUGAUGGCUCUCGGUUUGAAUGGCCACCUGAAAAAUCUGGCACCCUACAAUACGUUCGAAUAUUUAAUUGAAUGUCACGAAGCCACCAGCGUCGGCCUGUUGCUUGGUCUAUCGGCAACGCAUCGUGGCACAAUGAAUGUUUCUAUGACUAAAUUGUUGUCGCUCCACGUGGAAACAUUACUACCGCCAACGAGCAUUGAAUUAAACGUUCAACACAAUGUUCAAGUUGCUGCCUUAAUGGGAGUUGGUCUGGUGUAUCAAGGCACUGCUCACAGGCAUAUUUCUCACGCUUUGUUGUCAGAAAUUGGUAGACCACCAGGACCGGAGAUAAAGAACUGCGUGGACAGAGAAUCCUAUUCGUUAGCGGCGGGAUUAGCAUUAGGCUUAGUAGUACUAGGAAGCGGUGGUGGACCAGACCUGACUAGUAUACCUGACACUUUACAUUAUUAUAUGGUAGGUGGACACGUUAGGCCCUUCACUGGAUCACAAAAGGACAAAUAUAAAUCGCCCAGUUACCAAAUUAGAGAAGGUGAUUCUAUAAAUAUCGAUGUGACAAGCCCUGGAGCAACGAUAGCUCUGGGCCUUAUGUACUUUGAUACUGGAAACCGAGCAGUGGCAGAAUGGAUGCAGGCCCCCGACACUCAAUAUUUACUUGACUUUAUACGACCUGAUUUCCUGUUGUUACGGAUACUAGCAAAGUCGCUCAUUCUGUGGAACGAAAUUGAACCAACGAAGUCUUGGGUGUCCAGCCAUGUACCCAAUAUUGUUUACAAAUAUAGGUUACAGAAACCGACUUCUGAAAUAGCGCAGAAUGUGGAUUUGGAGACUAUGAACCAAGCUUAUUGCAAUAUUAUUGCGGGAGCCUGUAUGGCCCUAGGUUUGAAGUAUGCUGGCACUGCUAACAGGAACGCCUUUAAAACUCUGUACAACUAUGCUCAGAUGUUCACGGCUCUGUCGCAUAAAACUAUCGCCGAGUUGGCAGGAAAGUCGACUAUUGAAACCUGCUUGAACGUUACUUUACUUUCUGCUGCUGUUGUGAUGGCGGGGUCGGGUAAUUUAGAGAUCAUGAGGAUAUGUCGACAUGUGAGGACACGCGUGGGACCUGCAAGUAGCGUCGUUACAUAUGGUUCUCAUUUAGCAACGCACAUGGCACUUGGUCUUUUGUUUCUCGGAGGAGGAAUGUAUACCCUUUCGAAUAGCCCUAGUGCAGUGGCUGCUCUCAUAAUUUCUCUCUUCCCGAAAUUUCCAACUCAUAGUAAUGACAAUAGGUAUCAUUUACAAGCCCUAAGGCAUCUGUACGUGUUGGCUGCAGAACCACGUGUUAUAUUACCCAGAGACAUCGAUAGUCGACAAUAUUGCUAUUGUAAAGUACAUUUAACAUUUGAAUCGGAGAAACAAGCUGAAGGACAAGAUUUAGUACUUCAAUCGCCAUGUUUGUUACCACAACUAUCCAGUCUGAAAAAGAUUGAGCUGAAGGAUGAACGAUAUUGGGAAAUCGUUUUCGAGAAAGGCCAUAACUGGCAACAUCUUGAGAACAUGCUUAAGAAAAGUGAAUCCUUAGACGUUAAACAAAGGGCUGGUUGUUUACCAUACGUAGAAGACCCUCACGGAUUUAGAAGUUUAAUAGCUCAAACAUUAACAACCGAAGAUGUGAUCGCAUGGGCUGCUCGCCCUGAAUCUGUGACGUCGUUUACGAACAAUAGAACUGUAUUGAAUAUAGUGAAAUACUUUUUACAGUGGCCUAAAAAAGACAAGACUAUCGAGAGCAACUUGAAUACACAGUCUUAUGGUAGUAAAAGUAGCUCUGGAUAUUUAACUCAAAGCUCGAGUGAUUUAUCUGAAAGAAUAAGUUGGAAUGAACAAUCGGAUUCGUCCACGGAGAAAAUGGAAAUCGCAGAGCUGUCGUCUGGUUUGAGAAGUGUUAGUUAUUCGUACAGAUUUGAAGCACAGCACUUCGACAUGACAGAAUUUGAGAAACAUUUCCUACACACGUUUGCUAUAAUUGUUUACGAGUGCGUGAUAAAAGAUAAAGUGACACUUCUCCCCUUAUGGGUAAACCUGUUGAAAAGCAUUGAAAUCAUAGAAAGGGAGCCGAACAGUUUCUCCGUAUGGCAAAUGAAGCUUGUUUCGUCACUGGUGUUAAAACGGUCUUACACGGAAAACAGGACACCAUUGCUUAACGCAGAAAGCGUGAAAGCAAUCGAACAAAAAAUUUCAUAUAUUAUGGAUAGUUGGGAACAUGAUUUGAAACCGUGCAUUAAAUCUUACUUAACCACGGGAGAAAUUCAAGGAGAUUUAAUAACACUGCAAAGAAUGUGUUCAUACUUCAUAUUUUAUGACAUACCUUAUAGAAUGGAUGAGAGGACGAUUUUGACGUCAUUGUUGAAUACAGAAGUGAGAUCUAAAAUACCCAAUGUUAAACUGUACAACUUAUAUGAAAUCUUUAAAUUCUGCUAAUCGUGUUACAUGUUAAAUCUUCAAACAAUUGCAAUUUUCCUGUGAAAUUAUGAAAGAUAAUUAUUCAAUUAAAUUAUAUUUCUAUUUCACAAUUGAGAAAGAGUAUGAAGAAUAUAAAUCAGUCUCGUGAAUCACAGUUUUGUUAUAUAUAGAUUAUGACAAUGCAGGUAAUCUAUACUGUAUUAUGUAAGGCACAAGAGAAUGUAUGAAAGUAAUGUAUAAGUGUAAAUAGAAUAACAGUUAUAUUAAUAGAAAAUUAAUUUAUUACUUUAUAUAAUGUAACAAAUACGUAA